UGCUGGCUCUAGCCCGCUCCGGGUAACGGCACUCCAUAUUACCCCCUGUAAGAUUAAGAACCUGUUGCACUACUUGAUGACGAUGCACGAUGCUUUCACUUGCCAACUUAAUCCAAAUUCCAGCUCGCUCCCUUUGUUUCCUCGCUUGGACACUUUGAUUCAUAUACUUUAUUUCUCGCUCGGAUCGGUCCUCGUCUCACCUAGUCAUUACCCUCUUGAUGUGCUUGUCAUCGUCUCGCGAUAUAUCUUUCGGUCUGAACUGAUUUGCACCAGCGCUGCGGUUAACACGGCACUUUGCCAAGCCUCUUGAUCAUGUCCCAGGCAUCUGAGGAGAGCGGCGGGGGGAGCUCAUAUUCUGGCUUCAGCGGAAAAAUGCAGGAGUUGAAAGACAAACUGAAGCAUACACGACUUCAUGACGCCAAGGUCGGCCUGAUUCAUAAGAAACACCAAAUCGGGAAGCUUGGGAAUCUGUUCAAUCCCGGCCAUCGUCACGAUGAAGAGCAUGAGCAAGCAACUGAUGAAAUGCGCACUAAAAUUGGGGAAGAACACCGCUUCCAAUCAUAUUUCCCGGAACGAGAUGGGAACAUGAUCAAAUGGUAUGUAGAUGGACGAGACUAUUUCUGGGCUGUCUCCGUCGCACUGGAGCAGGCCCAAGAGACUAUUUACAUUGAAGACUGGUGGCUCUCACCCGAGUUGUUCCUAAGGCGCCCUCCGUUUACUAACCAGGAGUGGAGAUUGGAUGAGGUCCUGAAACGCCGCGCAGAAGCUGGCGUCAAGAUCUACAUCGCGGUGUAUAGAGAGGUUGAAGCAGCCAUUACUUGCAAUUCGGCACACACAAAGCAUGCACUGCAAGCUCUCUGCCCGGAAGGCACCCCGGGCUAUGGCAACAUCAAGAUCAUGCGGCACCCUGACCACAAUGUGCUCGAAAACGCCGCCGAUAUGAUCUUCUACUGGGCCCACCACGAGAAAUUCAUUGUCAUCGACUACAAAAUGGCCUUCAUUGGCGGUCUUGAUCUUUGCUUUGGUCGCUGGGACGCACAUCAGCAUCCGCUUAGUGAUGCUCACCCUGAAGGAGUUGCCAAUGAAGUAUGGCCAGGACAAGACUUCAACAACAACCGAAUCAUGGAUUUCCAAAAUGUUAAGGAUUGGCAGCAGAACGAGUUGAGUAAAGCUGAUUACGGGCGCAUGCCGUGGCAUGACGUCGCCAUGGGUGUCGUUGGGCCAUGUGUUUAUGACAUUGCAGAGCAUUUUGUGCUGCGUUGGAACUUCAUCAAACGUGACAAGUACAAGCGUGAUGAGCGGUUCGAUUGGAUCGAACUUCGAGGACGACAAGGCGACGAAGAGAGCUUAGUUGGUGUUCAGCGGCCCAAACAUCCAGUCGGCGAUUACAUACUCCACCCACUCGCGCCGAUGGAUACGAAGAACCUCGAGAACCGUGGCAGCAUCCAUGCUCAAAUUGUCCGAUCAAGUGCUGAUUGGUCAAGCGGUAUACUAAGGGAACACUCGAUCCAAAACGCCUACUCUGAGAUUAUCCGUAAUGCCCAGCACUUUGUCUACAUCGAGAACCAGUUUUUCAUCACUUCCACUGGCGAACAUCAAUCGCCAAUCCACAAUACUAUUGGCCGAGCAAUCGUGGACGCUUGCGUGAGAGCUGGGAAAGAAGGCCGGAAAUUCCGGGUGAUCAUACUGAUCCCUGCUAUUCCUGGGUUCGCUGGCGACCUUCGUGACAACGCCGCAAUCGGAACAAGAGCUAUCAUGGACUACCAGUUCAAAUCGCUCUGCCGCGGCGAGCAUUCAAUCUUUGAGCAGAUUCGCAAGGAAGGCGUUGAUCCAACCAACCACAUCUUUGUUUUCAACCUCCGAACAUAUGAUCGUCUCAACAAGACUCCAUCAAUGAAGAAGAAAGAAGAAGAGACUGGUUUGAGCUAUCAAGAUGUCCAACGAGCUCAAGCUGAGGAAAUCAUGGGUAGUGGUAUCCACGGCUCAAAGGAUGUUGAAGGAGGUCGCGACGAGCACAUGGGCGAACACGGUGACCAUGGAAAGGCUGAUCGGAUACAAGAUGAUGAGCAAGCUCAAAAGGCUAUUGAUGCCAAGAGAAUUUUCGAGGAAGAAACGGACGGAGCGAAAGAUACCAAAACAGCUUUCAGUGUAGCGCACCAUGCAAUGGCAGGUACUGGCGACCUGACUGAUGAGCCAUGGGAGGGCGAUCCUAAGGAGGAAGUGUCGAACUGGAUCCAAGAAGAGCUAUACAUCCACGCCAAACUGCUUAUUGUCGAUGACCGGAUCGUCGUUUGUGGUUCAAGUAAUCUGAACGAUAGAAGUCAGGAAGGACAUCACGACAGUGAACUCUCUAUCGUCAUGGAAGACACCGACCUUAUUGAAAGCACCAUGGAUGGUCAGUCAUUCCAAGCCGGCCGACAUGCUGCUACUCUACGACGAUAUCUGUGGCGCGAGCAUCUUGGUCUUCUGCCGCCUCAGGAUCUUGAUGCUAAGGGCGAUCCCAACGCUCAGCCUCCAGGCGAUGACUCGCCGAAUGACCCCUGGGAUAGAGAUGACUCGUAUAAAUUCGUGGAAGAUCCACUGUCGGAGGACCUGUGGAAAAUGUGGACCGAAAAUGCCACGGUGAAUACCGAGGUCUUCAGACAUUUGUUCCAUGCUGAUCCAGAUGAUAACGUUAAAACCUUUGACGAUUAUAACACAUUCCUUCCGCCUAAGGGUGUCAAGGCCGGCCAUAUUUUUGACAGGUUCCAGCCUCCAGAGGACAUCCGUACCAAACUGAACAAGAUAAAGGGCCACCUUGUCUGGAUGCCGCUUGACUUCCUCAAGGACGCGAACAUGGCGGAGUCUGGGUUGCAAGUGAACCAGUUCACCGAGAGCGUUUACACCUAAGAUUUGAAGAGGACUUUACAUUGGACGUGGGCAGAAAUGGCGCUUUGGUUGGUUUAGCAUGAAGAUAGCACAACAUCACGCGAAUGGAGCACAAAUACUAAUAGCUGAUACCAAUUAUGAAUGUUAUUACUCUAUUUCUA